AUGACCCCGGCCCAUCUGAUGGCGCGAUUACCGCCAUUUCUCCUCGUCUCUAGCUUCGUCAAUCUCGCUUCAGGCCAUGUACUACCGCAACCGACAAAGACGGUCGCCUUUCAUGAAAUCAACGCAGCAUCAUAUCCUCUCCUUGCGACGACUGCGCCCGACGACUCAUUUCUACAGCGACGGCAAUUCAACACAAUCUGUGGUUACAUAGGAGGUGACCCAGAUCUGCCUGCGACUUGUUCUGCAGGCUCGCAUUGUGUGGUUGAUGUCGAUCAUGAUGCAGUGGGGUGCUGUCCCGAUGGAGGAUCUUGCACACAGGGUGUGUUUACCGGUUGCGUGGAUGCGGGCAGCGGGCCACAAACGGAAUUGAAUCCAUACGUCUUUACGUGUCGAGGAGAUGAUUCAUGCUACAAAAAUAGCUUCGAAGGAGGUUUCUUUCAAUUUGGGUGUGGUUCAACGUCUGGUUUGGCGACAAACGUGGUGGCUACGGCUUCAGGCAAGAGCGCUAUUAGACUUACUAGCUUGAGCGUUCCCCUGACAGACCCGGUAACCUCACUGUCAGAACCGACGACACUAGGAACGAGGCGAAAGACGUCCGAUGCCGAUUCCUCAAGCACAGAGGCAUCGACAACAGGGAGCGCAACUACGGAACCCACAGGAACAUCCUCAGUGGAAACAUCAGAAUCAACAACAGAGGCAUCGUCAACGGAAUCAGAAACUUCAACAGCAUCAGAGACCGAAACCGAAACCGACAACGCAAGCGGAACUUCUGGUACCGCGGACCCUUCAUCCACUGAUUCUGACGAGUCUGCCUCUUCUGGAGCUUCAGCUCCCGACACUGACGGCGAUAACAACUCGCGGAACACGGGCGCCAUUAUUGGUGGAACCAUCAGUGGUGUAGCUGCUCUUGUAGCCCUCGUCGUCCUUGGAGUCUGGCUAUGGAAGCGCAAGAAGGGAAAUACGCGCCAGGGACCAGGCGUGCAACCGCAAGUGCAGCGUAUUGGUCCGCCGUUAGAGAAUAAUCAUAGUUUCGCUCCGGUGCCCCCUAUGCAGGAAGCCGAUAAGAUGGCCCCGCCCCCACCGGUCCCCGUAACUGACCAGCGGAGCAUGAAUCCAAUUAUUGACCACGACGGACCUUACUCAGAGCCUUGGGAUCCCCAAUCAAAUUACGGAUACUCGGCGGGGGCUGUUGGAGGAACACAGAUGGAACACGACGAGGUCCCGUUGACCAGAGACGACGACUUUCCACACGGUUACAAUUCCGGUCUGGGACGUAUAAGCGAAGAAGAACCACGACCAGGAAUGGCUAUUAGCACGCCAGGCCAUGUAAGCAGCCCUGUUCAACCGUAUCCCGGACCACGUCGCGACGGAGGCGGACCUUUAUGGCAACAGAAUCGUGGGCCUGGAUGGUUUUAA